AUGGCCGCGCCGCAAGCUCAGGUGCAGCCUUGUCGCUACAAGACGGGCAAGACUCUAGGAGCGGGCUCCUACAGCGUCGUCAAGGAAUGCGUACACAUCGACACGGGUCGCUACUAUGCCGCCAAAGUCAUCAACAAGCGCCUCAUGGCGGGCCGCGAACACAUGGUGCGCAAUGAAAUCGCCGUGCUGAAGCGCGUGUCGAUGGGCCACCAAAACAUUCUGACGCUGGUCGAUUACUUUGAAACCAUGAAUAAUCUCUACUUGGUGACGGACCUGGCACUUGGCGGCGAGCUCUUCGAUCGUAUUUGCCGAAAAGGCUCGUACUACGAAUCCGACGCGGCUGACCUUAUACGUGCAACGCUUUCCGCCGUUGCAUACCUUCACGACCACGGUAUCGUCCACCGUGAUCUCAAACCCGAAAAUCUACUCUUCCGAACCCCCGAAGACAAUGCCGAUCUGCUCAUCGCCGACUUUGGCCUGUCCCGAAWCAUGGACGAGGAGCAAUUCCACGUUUUGACCACCACCUGCGGUACCMCCGGCUACAUGGCUCCCGAGAUUUUCAAGAAAAGCGGACACGGCAAGCCCGUGGAUGUGUGGGCGAUUGGCGUGAUAACAUAUUUCUUACUUUGCGGAUAUACCCCUUUCGACCGAGAUAGUAAUUUGGAGGAGAUGCAGGCCAUCUUGGUCGCAGACUACAGUUUCACCCCGUUGGAGUACUGGCGUGGAGUCAGUGUCACGGCUCGGCAGUUUAUUAAACGCUGCCUGACCAUUGAUCCCACCCAGCGCAUGACGGCACAUGAGGCCCUCACACACCAAUGGAUAGCAGGACCCGAGAGUGAUCGUGGCGGAGAAGAUCUGUUGCCCACCGUCAAGAAGAACUUCAAUGCACGGCGCACUCUCCACAAAGCCAUCGACACUGUUCGAGCUAUAAAUCAGCUCCGAGCGGGAGGUAUGGGCAUGAUGGAUGGCGCGUCUUCACUGAACCCCGAGCGGGUCAAACCAAAGGAUGAGGAUGUCGAUAUGGAUGACGCUUCUGGCUCAAACUCAACUGUGCGCGCCGCUGACUCCAUGGACCCGCGAGGUAAUGCAAAAGGACAGACGCAGGAACAAAUCGAGGAGCAGCAACGGCGAACGCAGCAGACAAUCGCCGGCUUGUGGCAAAAUAAGGCCCAACAACAGCCCGCAUAG